AUGGCCAGACCAGGCUCCAUGCUUCUCGUGGCACUGAUGGUGGUUUAUAUCUACAACGGUUCCGCCAUACCUGAUGACGAGUGCCCCGAUGCGUCUCCAGCGCGUGAGAACUGCGAGUUUGAUGAGGUUUGUGAGGAUGCGAGCUGCAGGUACAACCAGUACGUCACCUGCCACCUCAACCGCUGCGGGACGUGCGAGGCCGUGUUCCGCGGCUUCGACAACUUCACCGUCAACUGCGACCAGCUGACCCCCAAGUGCCGGCUGAUCCAGCUGGAGAUGCUGCACAAGAGCCGGACAGCCAGCCGGCAGCCGGGAGGGAGGAGAGCGGACGAGCUGUACGACCCCGAGUGCGAGCGCAACGGCACCUUCAAGGCCAAGCAGUGCGACGACUCCAACCAAUGCUGGUGUGUGGACAGCGCUGGGGUCAGGGUCACCGACAAGACCGGAGACGACCCCAAGUGUGGCCAACUCGUCCGAGUCCACCUAAUUCAGAUUGAUUUCAGCUUUAAGGUGGAGUUUGUCUUCCUGAAGAUGAAGGAAGCAGCAGUCCGCCGGAAAGUGGCCAUUAAACUGGUGAAAGAGUAUACCCUGAAGGUAACCCAGAUCCUGGAGAUCACGGUCCAUGAGUGGUCGGGGGAAAUCUGCAUCCGUCUGAGUGAGAACGGCACCAAAGACCCAGCCGACAUCUCCACCGUGGCGUACUACAUCGAGCGGGAUCUGAAGAUGAACAGGUUUGCGCUGGCAGUGGAUGGGAAGAGCCUGCAGGUGGAGAGGGAAUCUGUGCAGGUCUGGUUCUUCGACAACGAGCCUCCUCGAAUCAACAUGAAGACCAUCUCGCCGGGAUUCGCUGCCAUCAUCAUCAUCGUUGCUCUGGCCAUCCUCACGGGCAUUGCCGUGUUUGUUGUGGUGAGAAGGAGAGCCAGGGAGGACCGGCAGAGGAUCCAGUUUGAAGUGAUUGAGGGCCAGGAAAUGGAGGACCACCAGCUUUCCCAGAGGAUGGGUCCAGCAGCACGCUAACCCUCGAGAGAGAGACAAACUUCACCUAUGGGAAUCUUGGAAACAAGCUGGCUGCUCGUUGCACCCAGGAGCCUCUGUAACCUUGACAACGACCCUCGACCGCACCUUGC